ACAACUGCAGAUAAAUCUGGAAUUUAACAAAGUAAAGUCCGAUGAAAGUGCCAAUGCUAAUGCCCUGGUUGAUGACUGUGGACCCGGACAAUCUCAUAAAGGUGAUCUGUAGGAGACGCUGUUGUACGUCAGGAAGAGUUCCAUUUACAUCCAAGUGUUGAUUACUACAUAGAACAAAACUUAAAUAUAUAUUUUAGAAUAUAAGCAGCGUGUUAAGUGUUUACGUACGUUUAAAUUGAAUCAGCUCUGUUUUAAAGCAGUUGGUAGGUAAGUUAAGUUAAUCACUCCAUGAUUUGCUUAAUAAAAGUCUACUGUGAAGUUCUUCUGACAAACACGUAUAGGUUAUAUUGCAUUAUUUACAACGUGUGUAUUGCUAGCACAGCAAAAAUCGAAGUAACGCAAGUAAUUCUGAUGUGUACUGUAUCUGGUUGCCAUGACAACCUCUUAAAUGUUACUCACAGAUUUUGAAUUUGCGAGUUUACUUCAGAAAGUGUGAUUAACCAAAUCAACCGACCUAGCGUUACAUCCGGUAAAAUUUUAGUUACUAAAUAUUUUCUCUACUCUGUUUUUUUAUCUAAAUACUACAUGAAAUUGCUGUUUUAAGAAAAUAUAUCCAAAAAGUGUACAUUAUAUUAUAUUAUAGAUGACGUACGAGUUGCAAAACGUGGGAAAAGGCGGCGGUUUGGCCUCUCUUCCGGUUCGUACGUCCUUAUAGGCAGAAGUAGCUACCGUCCAACAAUGGGACUUUCAAGAAAGAUUUUAUCGCUCUGUGAACACAAGGAUGUAAAAGGAAACAGAACGUUAACUAAAUGGCUUCAAAAAAAAAAGCUAAUGUGUUCUACAUAUAAAUGCAGAAUAUGUAAAAAACAUAUGAAAUUGAGGAAGGCACAUAACAAAGAUGGAUACCAAUGGAUAUGUCAACGAAGAGCACACACUGAAAAAGUGACAAAAUCAUGCAGGUCAGGAUCAAUCUUUGAAAAGUCUAAGACAAGCUUACAAAACUGGAUGACUUUCAUGUACAGAUUCUGUCAAGGAUUACGUUUGCGCCAAGUCGACAUGGUCCAGGAUGGCAUUGCUGGAAGCUCCUCCACCCUUACUAAAAUGACCCAUAAACUGAGAUUAGUCUGCAGGAAAGCCCUGAAGAUGUUCAAAAGGAAGACAGGACAGCGCAUGGGUGGAAGAAGGGAAUUUAUUGUGAUAGAUGAGAGCAACUUCCGCCAUAAAAGGAAGUACGGACAAGGAAGAGCUGGACAGACAUGGAAGAGAAAGAAGUGGGUCUUUGGCAUGCUGGCUAUAAAGGGUCAAAGAAGAAGGCCAGUGUUGCGGCUUGUGGAACGGCGCUCCAGAAAUCACCUGCUUCCCAUCAUUAGAAGACAUGUUCGUCAAGGGUCAACCAUUUUAAGCGAUGAGUGGCGAUCCUACAGAGCUCUAUCAAAUCUUGGUUACACUCACUAUUCAGUAAACCACAGCAGAUGGUUUGUUGAUCCAAACCAUGGAGGACAUACACAAAAUAUUGAAAGAGCUUGGUUAACCUACAAAAGCCAAAUUUGGCGACUGAGAGGAAAUAGGACAGAGAAUCUUCUAAAAGAACAUUUGGCUUUUAUUGAGUGGACAUACUGGCUGGGUUACCAGCAUAAAGAUGGUCCUCUAGGUCGUCUUAUAAAAGACAUUAAAAGGUAUACAAAAUGUAAUUAAAGCAUACAUGUUCUAGCCCAAUGGCAAUACAAAAAGUCACCACAUUUUUUGUUCCAUACUUUUUGUUUAAAACUAUGGCUCAGUGGCAAUAAACACAUCAACUUUAACUGUUGCUUAUUACAUGCAUAUUGUUGAAAUCUGUAUUUUUUUCCUAGUUAUGAUGAUAGAUACAAAUAAUGAAACCAAACUCUGGAGUCAUUUUAAGCUUUUGAGGUUUAUGGUGAACUUUUAAAUAGUAUGUGUUCAGAUAAUUCCUUUGUAAGUAUGUAGUAACACUUGAGUCAUUACUAGCGGGUUACCAUGAUCUUCACUUUAGAAUACUGAUCCAAAAAAUUAGUAAUUACUUUGUAAGGAUG